AACGCGCAUGCGCAGGUCAGUGAUGGACCGGUCAGGGUCAUGGAUCUACUGUCCGGACUGUUAAACCGAGUCUGGCCGUUGACAAAUGAUAACAGGAGCAAAAAGAUGGAGGAGAAAGCGCUGGAAGUUUACGAUGUGAUUCGAACGAUUCGUGAUCCAGAGAAGCCCAACACUCUUGAGGAACUCGACGUGGUGACAGAAAAGUGUGUGGAGGUCCAGGAGCUCGGUGACGAUGAAUAUCUGAUAAUCAUCAAGUUUUCUCCGACUGUACCACAUUGCUCUCUGGCCACUCUGAUAGGUCUUUGCUUACAAGUGAAACUGCAGCGCUGCUUGCCGUUCAAACACAAGCUGGAGAUUUACAUAACGGAGGGAAUGCAUUCGACCGAGGAAGACAUAAACAAACAGAUCAAUGAUAAGGAGCGCGUGGCCGCCGCAAUGGAGAACCCCAACCUGCGUGAGAUUGUGGAAGAGUGUGUAACCGAACCAGAUGAUUGAGCAUCUCUCUCUUUAACACACACACAGAUGGCUGUGGUCAAACCACAGGAGUCCUCCUGAGAAUCACUCUAGGUCACAAUUCACCAUAAAAGUAUAAAUAAUAAGAACUGAUAUUUGGCACCAUGGUGCAAUGAAGCACAAUCACUUUUUUCGAAACUCUUACUGUAAUCUAAACACAAUCCAAUAUUUUUGUGAAUCAUGAUUUACUGGAAUGGGAAUCAUAUAAGAGAUCACAACAAGAAUUCUGAAUGAAAAUAAUAUCAACACAACUAAGCAAUAUUUGAUUCCCUGAGUUUUGGAGUGAAAUGUGACCUGGAUGUUUCUGUGAGAUUGCAAUCCUGAAUUCUCUGUAAACUCACUGUGAGAUUAUCAGACGGUCAGUUGGUCUGCUGGAGAUCCGGCUGAUGUGAUUUCACACUCAGAGGAGAUGAAGGGGUUUUCUCUCUUGAGUUCUUGUUCAGCAUCUCUUCUCGUUUUUUUCAAGAGUUUCACCGAAGAACCCAAGUGUUGUGAUUCCAAAGGGCCUGUAAAAUGCUCUCUCUCAGACGUCAAGCUUCCUGUAAAAUUGAAUGGUGAUACAUUAUGAUUGUGAAGAAUUAUGUGCGACCCCCUCCUCUAGAUUUUAAUGUUUUUUGUAUGCCUACAUACGGAUGGGUUUGUAAAUAAUUUGACUUUGUAAGUGAAAAGUAUAUAUUUGUAAAACCUGGAAUCUUACAAAUAAAAAUCUCAAAGGAGG